AUGGAUAAGUAUGACUUGUCAAUAUAUUCAGAUGAUUCCAUAUUCAAAGAGAAUAUCUCACCGUUGAGAUCACCCACCAAGAACAUUUUCAGAACUCCAAAACGGUCACCUUUGAAGAAAACCUCCACUCCUUUUAAGAAUAUCCUAACCCCAGGAGGAUUGAGUUUUACCCCCAAUGAUGAUUUGUUAGUACGUGAAACUCAUAAGCUAAUCAGUGAGGUACCACAAGAUGCCAGUGUGGAUGUAUUGAAGAAACUUUUAUCAAGAAUUGAACAAUUGUCCAAUGAAAAUAAUAUAUUGAAAGAAUCAUUAGAAACUCAGAAUAAUAACCAAGGUUACGAACAAAAGAAGGAAUUGAAUAUCAUGACCGAUAAGAUCAAGAAUUUAGAGGUGAAAAAUGAAAUCUUGACCAAAGAUUUAGAAAUUGUAAAUAAUGAUUAUAUGAAAAAUUUAAAUGAACUAAAUAGCUUGAAAAGUAAGAAUGAACUUUUAAGAACAAAGUUGAUUAAAUACAAGAACCUUUAUGAACAAGUUAAAGGGGGAGAAAUAAAACCUCAAACCAAAGAAUCAAGUAACGAAAAGGAUAUAAACAAAUUAAUCAAAAUGUAUAAUGAAAUGGCAGGAUUAUUGAAUAAAGAGCGGAAAAGUUUUAGAGAUCCUAUCGAACAAACCCCAGAAAUCCCCAAACAAGUGUCACAAACAGAGAUCUUAAAUGAUUUAUAUGAAAAAUUCCAAGCAUUAAGUGAUAGAGUAGAACACGUAGCGAUGUCAAAUCCUGCACCAACAUCAGAAAUAAAUUCCGCACCUAAUCUGGCAUCAGCUCCUGCUAAACAACCUAAUCCUAUCACAACAACAACACCUGAAGUGAAAGAUGUUAUCCUUAAUUGUUAUGUUUGUUGUAAAGAUGGUGAAAAAACCACCAGUCCACCUACGACCAAAAGGAAAUGUGCUCGAUGUUCAGGGGAUAAUGAAGAUCACCGAAUUGAUUUAAUGGGAGAAUAUAAAUGGAGUUUAUAG